AUGGUUACCUGCCACACUCAGAAGUUGAAUUAUUGAAAGUAGUUGACGUUUUCACAACUUGAAGAUGGCCGGAGAUGCACAAAAAAGCCCUUCACAGCAGCAGAGAGUCAUAAUCCCGAACAAACAUGGCAAUAAACUAGUGGGCAUACUACAUGAAUCUGGAACCCAAGAGAUUGUUAUCCUAUGCCAUGGUCUUCGAGCUAACAAGGAAAACUUUAUCAUGACAAAUCUAGCUGCUGUUCUAGAGAAUGCAGGAAUCAGUUCUUUCCGCUUUGACUUCACUGGAAAUGGGGAAAGUGAAGGUUCAUUUGAGUUUGGUAGCUACUGGAGGGAAGCUGAGGAUAUACGUGCUGUAGCUCAACACUUUCAAGAAACAAACCGUACAGUUAUUGCAAUUGUUGGGCACAGUAAAGGAGCUAAUGCAGCGCUUCUUUAUGCAUCAAAAUAUCACGACAUUAAAACAAUUGUCAACCUAUCUGGCAGCCCUGAUUUGAAGAUAGGCCUUGAAUAUCGUUUUGGUAAAGAUUUUAUGGAAAGACUCAGGAAGGAAGGUUUCAUUGAGUUAAAGGCAGAGUCAGCAGGAGGUAUUGAUCAUCGUGUAACUGGAGAAAGUUUGAAGGAUCGGUUAAACAUAAUUAUGCUUGAAGAAUGCUUGCAUAUUGACAAAGAAUGCAGGGUCUUUACCGUUCAUGGUGGAACAGACACCAUAAUCCCGGUUGUAGCUGCAGUUGAGUUUGGUAAGGUUCUACCCAAUCACAAGUUACACAUCAUAGAAGGAGCUGAUCAUGUAUAUACGGAUCAUCAAGCUGAAUUAGCGUCCUUUGUGGUGCAUGUUAUAAAGGAAACCUUGCAAAUGGACCUUCUUAAUGCCAGUUAGCUCCCUGAUGGACAUGCUUCAUGAUGCACUACUGUAAUUUGCAGCGUGGGACAUCUGAGGACUCUGCUCAUGGAGAGCUUUAGUUUUGUUCCAUUGCACAAUGUGGCAGUAAUAUUUACAGACAAAUGUGAAUUACA